AUGGGGCGUGUUAAACUGGAGAUUAAGAGAAUAGAAAACAACACCAAUCGGCAGGUUACCUUUUCCAAGCGUAGGAAUGGGUUGAUUAAGAAGGCUUAUGAACUUUCCAUCCUUUGUGACAUUGAUAUUGCUCUUAUCAUGUUCUCUCCUUCAGGCCGAAUUAGCCAUUUUUCUGGCGGGAGAAGGAUCGAGGAUGUCUUUACGCGAUACAUUAAUCUCCCAGAUCGAGAAAGGGAACAUGCUCAUUUUCCUGAACAAAUCAGACAUCCUGACAUCCAAAACAAAGAGUAUUUGCUCAGGAUUCUCCAGCAGCUAAGAAGUGAAAAUGAUAUUGCUCUUCAACUUGCCAAUCCAACAUCUUGUAACUCUGAUUUUAAGGAAAUCCAACAGGAAAUUGUUAGGUUACAGCAACAGCUUCAAAUGGCAGAGGAACAGUUAAGGGCAUAUGAACCUGACCCUCUCAGGUUCACAUCCAUGGGGGAGCUUGAAUCCUGUGAGAAACAUCUUGUUGAAACAUUAGCAAAUGUUGUGCAAAGAAAGGAAUACAUACUGAGCAACCAUUUAUCUUCUUAUGAUCCAUCUCCUAUACAGCAAGGACUGCCUCCAUCUUUCGAGAAUGAGGUUGUGAAUUGGCUGCCUGAUAGUGGUCAAAACCAAUCACAAAUCUUUGAUGCUUCAGCAUCUUUAAAUCCUCUCAGGGAUCUUUCAUCUACUGUCUACGAUCCAUUGCUGCAAGGAAGCAUCUCAAACGUGGAUCCACACAGCAUAGGAGAUCAGUGCCAUGUCUCAAAUCCAAGUGGCGAAAAUUUCCCACUCUGGCCUCAGCCUUUUGCUUCUACAGGGCUACAAUCCAGCCCCCUGCCACAAACCUUAUAUGCCCAUCUUCAGCAUGGUAUGGUGGGUCAGGAAAUGCCAGAAAUGAUGCCAAAUGAUCAGCGGAUGGAAAUUCCAGGGAACAGUAGUUCACAUGGUCAGAGAGCAGACAAUGAAGGGUCAAAUUAUAAUGAGAACAGAGUUCCUCAACUCAAUGGGCAAUGACGCAAUGCCUUGGUUCCAUUCCCUUGAUGUGCUAACCUAAAACGACUUCACCUUAAUUCCUGUUGUAAUAUUCUAAACCUAGGCUAAGCUUCCUUGAGAUAGAAGCAUCCUAUGUAAAUGUACCAUUGA